ACUCCCCUUCCUCAUGUCUUUGCCUCCACACAAGAAACCACGCACAUAAGAAAGGAAAAAGGUCAGAAAUUUUUCGAAACGUAUUCAAAUCUAUCAUUGCAAUGGCUUCCAAUGCUCUUCAUCACUCUCUUCACCAAUCUAUAUCUCUGAAAUAUCCUCAUCUUUCUCAUAAUUCACUAUUCUCUCCCUCUCGUCUUCGUUUCACCUCCCUCCGGUUUCCCUCUACAAUUCGCGCCACUUCAGCUGUCGUUCUUGAACCGGAGUUAAGCACACAGCAGAAUCAAGCAAUAUUUGCUUGUCCGGUUUGUUAUGAACCUCUAAUAAGAAAAGGUCCUCCAGGUUUUAACUUGCCUGCAAUAUAUCAGUCCAGUUUCAAGUGUAAAAAAUGCACCAAAACAUACUCAAGCAAAGACAACUAUCUGGAUCUUACAAUUACUGCUGGAAUGAAGGAUUACACUGAAAUCAAUCCAGUUAGGACCGAGCUAUUCCGGAGUCCACUUGUUUCAUUCUUGUAUGAACGAGGUUGGCGCCAAAGCUUUAAUCAAAGUGGAUUUCCUGGUCCUGAUGAAGAGUUUGAAAUGGCUCAGGAGUACUUCAAACCUGCCGGAGGGGGUCUUCUAGUAGAUGUAAGCUGUGGCAGUGGCUUGUUUUCUAGAAAAUUUGCCAAAUCUGGAGCAUAUUCAAAAGUUAUUGCACUUGAUUUCUCUGAAAACAUGCUUCGUCAGUGCUAUGAUUACAUCAAGCAAGACGAUACUAUCUCAACUACAAAUCUUGGUCUUGUCAGGGCCGAUGUUUCGCGACUUCCAUUUGCAUCGGGUUCAGUUGAUGCUGUACAUGCUGGUGCUGCCAUGCAUUGCUGGCCAUCUCCUUCCAAUGCUGUUGCUGAAAUUUGUCGUGUAUUGCGAAGUGGUGGAGUUUUUGUCGGAACCACUUUUCUUCGAUAUAGUUCAACCACUCCCCGGAUAGAACGACCAUUCCGAGAGAGGAUUUCGCGGAACUAUAACUUCUUCACAGAGGAGGAAAUUGAAGACUUGUGCUCAACAUGUGGUCUUACAAACUACUCAAAGAAGGUUCAGCGAACGUUCAUAAUGUUCUCUGCACAGAAGCCAUGAAGCAAGAUUUUGCUGGGAGUGAUCUGAAAGCAGUGCUUCUGAGAUAGUCCACAAACACACACGACUGGCACCGAGCCUGUAGAAUGCGCUAAUAAACUCUAUGCUUUCAGCUUUAACUGAUGAUUAGAUAAAAUUCACACUUGUUUCAGUCAUGAAGUCUGUUUAAUCUGUCCGAACUUCUUGCGGGGAUUGGAGUUGUCAAGGUGCUCUAUGAACAAUAUGCUAGACAUUUCAUGUCAACUGUUAUGCAUCAGUAUCGUCCUGCAACACAAUUCUUGUGACUCAAACGGAAUCAUGGUUUUGGACUGAUAUUUGGGACCUAUA